CUUAUAAUUCAUAAGCUACAACUUUCAUUCCCUCUUUUAGAAAAAAACAGACCGAACACCUUCGAGUUAUUGUUAUUAUGGCUUUAUCAAUGGAUAAUAUUGUUAUAUCCAAUGAAGAAGAAAUUUAUAUGAUGAAAGCUAUGCACAUUCCUUGUGGUUUAUACCUUAACAUGGUUUUAAGAGCUGCCGUGGAACUUGACCUAUUUGAGAUUAUAGCAAAAUCUACUACUCAAAAACUAUCUUCUUAUGAAAUUGCAUCUCAAAUUCCCACAAAAAACCCUAAUGCAUCAUCACUUGUUCUUGAAAGGAUUCUAAGGUUUCUUGCUAGUCAAUCUCUUCUCACAUGUAACAUUACAAAAAAUGAUGAUGGAAAUGUUCACACAUCAUACAAUUUGACUCCAUUAAGCCAAAGUUUAAUCUCAGAUAAAGAUGGAUCAUCACUUGCUCCCUUUUUACUACUGCAUUCUGAAUCAGUUGUUGUUAAUUCUUGUUUUCAUUUGAAAGAUGCAAUUCUAGAAGGUGAGGUACCAUUCAACAAGGCCUAUGGAAUGAAUGCAUUUGAAUACACUAAAAAAGAUAGUAGAAUGAAUGGAUUAUUCAACAAAGCUAUGCAAAAUGUCACUUGCAUUGAAAUGAAGAGAAUUGUUGAGUGUUACAAUGGAUUCAAAGGAGUAAAAGAGAUCAUAGAUGUGGGAGGUGGACUUGGAAUAUCAUUAGCUACUAUAAUUUCCAAAUAUCCUAAUAUCAAGGGCAUUAAUUUUGACCUACCCAAUGUCAUCAAAGAUGCUCCUACUUAUGAAGGCAUAGAGCAUGUUGGAGGAGACAUGUUGAAGAGUGUUCCUCAAGGGGAGCUAAUCAUUCUCAAGGAAAUACUUCAUAAUUGGGAUGAUGAUGAUUGUGUGAAAAUAUUGAAGAAUUGUUGGAGAGCAUUGCCAAAUGAUGGUAAAGUAGUUGUAAUUGAACAAAUACAGCCAGAUUAUCCAGAGACUAAUCUUCUGUCUAAGCAUUUAUUUACUUUAGACAUAUCAAUGAUGAUUAUGUUUCAUGGAGGCAAAGAAAGAACAAAGCAACAAUUUGAAGAUUUGGCUAAACAAGCUGGAUUUACAUCUCUCAAAGUUAUGGCUAGAGCAUAUUAUUAUUGGGUCAUCGAAUUCUACAAAUACUAAAUUACCUAUACUUUCAUUCAUUUCUGAUAUAAUAAAACUCUCUUCCUCCUAAUUUAUGUGACACUGUUCGAAUUUUGAGAGUCAAACUUUUUGAUUUGAUCGUAAAUUCAGACAUAUAUAGAAUCUUUAAAUACUUGGAGACUAUAUAUGUCAAAUUACGAUCAAAAUAAGAUUUUGUUUGAUUAUCAAAAUUCAGAAAGUGACGUAUAAAUUGAAACGAUAGAAUCAAUUGGUUUAUGUAUUUGUUAAACUAUUUCCAUUUAUGUUUGGUUGUUCGUUAUUGAAUAAAAUAAGGUCCAAAUAACAUUAUCUUGGA